AUGGUGAAAGGCUGGCGAUCUGGAACAGAAAAUGGAGCUUACCGUGGUGGUCGGCGAUCACGAAGAUGUAGCGUGAAAGGUAAAUGUAGGCGUGGCAGUAGAUCUGGUAAGCCACGAGGACGCUCUGGAUUGGUGGAAGAGGAAAUUCACGUGCCCCAUCUGACUUCUGGACAGGUUUUGGGACAACUUUGGAAAUCUCUUUCUUACGUGUACAACUUCAAUUAUCUUGAAUCUCCCAAUCAGUCCAAUCCUAUCAAUACAAAUGCCAGUUUCAUUGAUGCAGCUCACAGCUCCUUAUUGCUCUCUACUGCUGCAGCCCACGGUUACUAUAGCCCUUGGAGUGGUGGUGAUGGUGGUCUUAGUGGUAGCAGCGGCGGCGUUGGUGGUGGCGGCGGCGGCGGUGACGGUGAUGGUUGUGGUGGUGUUCGUGGUGGUGGGGGUGGUAGCUACAGUGACAAUGGUAGUGGUUAUUGUGGUAGUGGUGCUUCUAGUGGUGGCAGUGGCGGCAGGGGUGGGGAUAGUGGUUGUGGUGGCGGUGGUUGUGGUGGUGGUGGCAACAGCGACGGUUGUGGUGGUGGUUUAUGUGGUGGUUGUGGAGGUUGUGGCUGUGGUUGUAAUGGUGGUUGUGGUGGUUGUGAUGGUGGCGGUGGCGGCGGCAGUAGUGGUUGUGGUGAUGGUGGCGACGGUUGUCCUUGUGGUUGUUUUGGUGGUUGUGGUGGCGGUGGUCAUGGUGGUGUAAGUGGUGGUGGGGGUGGUGGUUGGGUUGGUAGCGGCAGCAACGGUGGUGGUUAUGGUUGUGGUGGUGGUGGUGGUGGCGGCGGCGGUGGUUGGGUUUGUGGUGGUGGCGGCGGCGUCGUUGUUGGCGGCGAUAGUGGUCGUGGUGGUGAUGUGGUGGUGGGGGUGGUUGUGGUGGUGGCGGCGGCAGCACUGGUGCUGGUUGUGGUUGUUGUAGUGGUGGUGGUGGUGCUAGCGAUGGUGGUGGUGCGAGCGAUGGUGGUGGCGACGGCGGUGGUGGCUGUAGUGGUGGUGAUGGAAGCUCUCUUGGAACUCAGUCACGAACAACCUCUAAAUCCAGAGAAUUGGCAACGGAAUGAUGAAGAAGAUGAAGUUUGA